CAAUUAAAUUUACAAGCUGCGAGCAAUAUGGCGACGGCAAAGAGUGACUUUGAGCCGUGGCUAAGUGAAAAGUUGAGGUCGCUGAAAACUGAUGAAGGGGUUUUUGGAUCAUACAUAUCAGGUAUAUUAGAAAGCGAAGAUAGCGUGGAUGACAAAAAAGACGCCUUAGAAGGCAUACUAUCUGAGAUAGUGGAAAAAGACAUCUCAGUUCACAUAGAUGAGAUAAUUGAGAAAUGGGAAUCAUGUCGGCCAACGGAAGAAACUCCAAAGCCUGCAACGGACGUAGACAUUCAGUUAGCCAAAUUGUUAGAAUCUCAAGUGCCAGCUACAACCACACGGCGAGAAUAUACCGAUGAAGAAAAAAAGAUUCGCGAAGCUAUAUUGUCCCAGUACAGUCAGCUUUCUGAUAAUGAGGAAGACGUUGUAAACGAAGAGGUUUCUUCUGAAGGCCCAGAUCUAGUUAAAAAUACAAAUGCUGCGGAUGUACAUGCGGCAGCACGUGAGCGUCGUGAACAAGCCAAACUUGAAGCUCAAAAGAAAAAAGAUAAGGAUAAGGAAGACAGAGAAAAACAAAAGCAAUUAAAGGAAGAAAAGAAAGAAAAGCGCAAAACACAGAAAGGUGAAAGGAAAAGGUAGCAAGCCCUACACCACACUACCAUGCUUCAACAUUGCUUUGUGAAUAUGAUAUUAAAUCCUGGUAUUAUUGCUCAACAUCGCACAAAUGCAAGAGCUGAACAUUCUUAUGCCUAUGUGUCUUAGUAUAUUAAUCCAUUUUUAUAUGAUCAUUGCAAUAAUGUUGAUUCCAAUGUCUGUUUAAUUUGUUAAGAAUGGUCAUUUGCAACUCAGUUUCAUCAGAUUUUACCACAUUAAGACUUUUCAAGGCUAUUGUCAAUAUUGUUAUAAUUUUAUUUACUUGCUUGCCAAUUGAUGAUUCUGUUAAUAUGCCACUUAUUAAGCCAGAGAGUUAUUGUCUUAAUAUAUCCUACAGUAGGAAACUAUGUUCCAGGUUAUUGUUAGAUGCCAUUCCUGUGUGUCAUUCAUUUGAUAUCAGUGUUCGCUUUUGUUUUUGGACAUAUAAUAAUGAUUAUCAAUUGUACCAGAGAAUAUCUAAAUUAAAUAAGGGUAUAUCAGGGCAAGUAAUAGUAGCAGCGAAUUAUGUCAGCAAGAGUCUUAACAUUAACUGUGGUUCACUUAAACAUUGACACCUCUUUAGAAUAAGAAAAAAAAUGUUUCUCUGUGCCUGCUCUUGUGUCAUGAAAAGUAGAAAAUAUUCCAAUGUAUUAAUUAAACUGGAGUACAUUUUGAAGCAUGUAUUAUUUUGUAGUUGUCUGUAAUAUUGCAAUACUUUUGUAUUUAAAGGAUGAUUACCAUCCUAAUAUUACUAUACAUUAUAUUGGCCAUUCUUAUUUUGUAAUUGUACUAUCUGUUCAUUUCAAAUCUAAAUAAACACCAAUGUGUCUCAUUGUUACUAAAUGUGAAAUAUAAAAAUCUAUGUGAAAAUUGAGUUUAUGAAAUAUUAACUGCUGUUGUUCUGAAAGUAUUAUGUGACUGUAAACUUGUAUUAAAAUCAUUAUAACAA